UAUUUAGCCAUCGACCUUUGAUGAAUGUAUUAGCCAAGGAUGUGUUUAUGACUCCCACAGUUUCUCCUUCCUUGGCGAUAUAUACAUUAACCCAACUUCAUCCAUUUGGUGUGAAUGUGCUCUCAGAUAUUCAUCCUACUUGUGUGGAGGAGAGAGAAGUUGUGCGAGAAGAAGAGAAGACGAAGAAGCUGGUGCAUAUGGAGGUCUCCCACGGGCAAACACGAGGAAGGAGGAAACUAUGCAAGAGGAAGACAAGACAAGAUAUAAAUGCAAGACAGUCUCCAAAUAAAGUUCAUGUGAAAAAUGUUGAUCGAUCCUACUUUUUGAUGUUAGUCUCGUCAUUGGAGAACUUAAUCAGCCUCCUCGUGAUCCUCUUCGUCUUUCGCUCUGCUGUCCAAGUGGAGAAGGGGGACAUGUGA